AUGGCAGUACUGGUUUCUUCACAUAAUAGAUACUACACAAGCCCAAGCGUUCCACGUUUGACAGACGCUUUCCCUCGCGUACCAAUUAGUAAUGGGUUUUCGAAAGCUUACGGAGGCUCAAACAUUCAGGUGAUCAAUGGAUCCAUGGCCACUCUUGCUCUUGACAAGUCGUCAGGAUCUGGAUUGGUAUCUGUAAACAAAUAUCACUAUGGAUUCUUUAGUGCUGCCAUCAAGCUGCCUGCUGGUCUCACUUCUGGGGUUGUAGUGGCUUUCUAUCUGUCUAAUGCAGAUGUUUUCCCUCACAAUCAUGAUGAGAUUGACAUAGAGCUAUUGGGCCAUGAUAAAAGAAAUGAUUGGGUCAUUCAGACAAAUGUAUAUGCAAAUGGAAGUGUAAACACAGGAAGAGAAGAGAAGUUUUAUCUCUGGUUUGACCCAACACAACAGCAGCAUCAAUACAGCAUCAUCUGGAACAACCAUCAUAUAGUGUUUCUAGUGGACAAUAUCCCUUUAAGAGAGUUUCAGCAUAGCGGUUCCUUUUUCCCUUCAAAACCCAUGUCAGUUUAUGCAACAAUAUGGGAUGCCUCACAGUGGGCAACUCAUGGAGGAAAAUACCCAGUUAACUACAAAUAUGCACCGUUUAGAGUUUCGUUUGCAGAAAUGGAAAUGAGUGGCUGCAUAUCCAAUCCCACAGGAACAGUGACUUCAUGUUCUAAGAACACUCCUUCAAGCUUGGACCCAAUUGAAGGACCAGAGUUUGUAAAGUUGUCUAACCAGCAAAUUAGUGCUCUGGGUUGGGCAAGAAGUAAGCUAAUGUUUUACUCUUACUGUAAAGAUACAUCCAGGUUUAAAGUCAUGCCACCAGAGUGCAAAUAG